AUGGCGCCCACUGCCAAGUUCCAACUUUCUUUGACUCUGCGAACACUACUGGGACUCUGGAAGGGAAACCGAUUAAGAAACCCCCCUCCUCUCAGUGGCUCAUCUGCACCGCCCACGCGUGCGGCAACGAACUGCUCGCUCGCCGUCUUUGUCCCUAUGAAGUACGGAGUUUCCAGAGAUCCCGAGGCCUCCCAAGCCUCCAUGGAGCUUGCUGGAGGCGCAGAGCCGCGCGAGUGUCCGCCCGCCCGCGUCCUGUCGCGGCUUGUCGUCGUAGCAGGUUCACCAUUGGCCCGGAGGCAUUCCAUCAGAGAUGGGGCUCCACGGCCUGCAUCGCCGCGCCUCCCGGGGAUCACCGACGUCCCGGGCAGCAGUUGGCUGGAACUCUGCCAAGCAAGAUUCACAUGUAUUGGCAUGAUAAUCAACUAUAACCAUGGUAUCAAAAAAUCCAGCCAAUCCAACACUCAGGGCCUCAACUGGAAAUGUAGAUUGCAGGCAAACCUGACCGUCUUGUUAGCCAACUGUAUACGUCCAGAACUGAGCAAACAAAAAGGUAACAAAGGAUCAGACGGCGCCUACAGAUUGUUUUCAACCUUUAAAGCCACAAAGGUGUCGGCAUAUGUUGGUUUUCUUGGUGUUGGACGAGAGGGAAGCUAUCUUGAAAAAUUCUGCGGCGGCUGCGAUUUUAUUUGUCAGGUGACGUGGGUCGGUGUUAUGACUCAAAGGGCUAGCUUCCAACACCAUGCCAAUGCUCAUCGAAUGCGAAAGUUCCGUCUAGAAGCCAUCGGCCUUGAGUUGUCUAGUUUUGAGGAUGUUUAUCCGCGCUGUUGUGGUCAGAACCAGCACGGGUCUGGCUUUGAUGUGGCAAAAUGGCUCGGCGUGGAUAUUUAUUCGAGAAGUAUCUUCCCGCGGUGCUACGAGAGAAGUUCCUCGGACCCUGAUUCUUUCUCUGGCUCUGUCAACAAACGCAACUUCUUCACUUCCCUACGUGUUGGCCCCGGAGUAUGGAAUCUCAUGGGUUACGACUGCUCCAAGAGGCUGCUAUCAUCCAGGGGUGGUGAACUGUUUGGGUUCCCAGUGCCGUCUGUUGAUGCUGUGUUUUGUAUGAAUCAUUUAACAAGCCAUGUGAAGCCUGCCUGGUUCAUUUGGCCUGAUAGCCGUGAUGACUUACCAAGGCAGUCCGUUAGGGGCAAAGACAGCUUCUGGAUCAAUAGGCCAGUCAGAGAUGUUGCCCUGAUGGACGUCUCUGAUCGUUCAGGGCCGGCUACGUCUCUUCCUCCAUACAUGAUUGCGUGCUUUGCGUGUCAAUGGUGCAAUACAUUCAUCCACUACCGACUCCAGGGUAGGAAUCUCGUUGACGUUGGUCGAUCCGAUCCGGCACCCGGUAGCCCCUCACUGACAGGAUGCGCGCGACGGACAUUAUCCGGACCUUGCACGCCGGUUCUCCAUCGGCGGGGAGUCAUGAAACUGCAGAAAUUUCUCCAUGGCGAAUUCACGCUUGCCGUUAUCCCAACAUACCCUGGCAUUGCAGACUGGACUUAG